CUCAGCCUUAUUUAGAAGAGGAAAAACGAGAAGAAGCCCGCGAAGAUUUCGAAUUGUCUUUCAAAAAAUGUCAAAGGCCGCGAUGCCGAUGGCUGCCGACCCGCCGCAGCCAGAGAAACUGGACACAUCGGAAAACCUGAGUGCAGCCGGUUUGGCGGAGGAGUCCGAAAAAGUGGGCGGGGUCCCGAUCCAUCACCGGUACCGCCGAGACCUGCUGAACGAAGACGGCGUCGAGCUAUGCUUCGAAGAGGUUCGAGCUAAAGAAUUUCUCGACAAACGAAAGAAGCAAUUGCACGAGGAAUGUCUGCGUCUGUGUGAAGAGAAGAUGCAGUUGGAGCUGCAGGUGGCGCACAGGAGCAGCCUGAUGCGGCAGUCCGCACGUUACGACGCUACCCGCAGCGUCUCUGAGGAACCUUCUUCGCUGCCGCCGUAUUCCGGGAUGUCUGAGGCGGACCUCGGCGCCAACAAGACCGCUCGUCUCCCAGACACUGCUGGUCUGUCUCAGCGUAGCAACGGCGGUCCGGAUCAAACACGAGACCAGGUGUUCACUUCCGUGGCGGAGGUCGUCCCAGAGACUCGCUCGAAAGGGGAUGGCACUAAUCCGCACCGGCGGGACGUGAUGUCUUGCGACCUGCCUUCCGGCGUGGAGUUUGAAGAGCCUCUUCCGGACGUGCAGGAAGACUACGUCGUGUGUCUCGGCGGCAAGCGCUACCAGACGUCGCGGCGCCUUCUGGCGGAAAGUGGCGUGCUGGCCUACGAGGGCUCGCGAGGCCAAUGCUCCGUCAUCAUCAAGGUGGAUCGCUGCCAGGUCUCGAGGGAUUUUGACGCGUUCGGUCGUCUGACCGAUACUUGGCCGGCUGGCGCAGACUCGCCGCGGGUCCAACGUUUUCAAUUUCGGGACGGCUGCGUCACCGUCUACGAAACCCCGCCCUCACACAUUUUCUCAGAGUUUUCGGAGCGCCUGCUGAGUGAGGACUCGUUGCCGGCCUUGGCGCCUUCCCUGCUGAGGCUGAUGGAGGCGAUGCGCGCCUGCGGCGCAGAGCCUGCGGACCUACGGCCGGACUCUCUCAUCUCGUGUCACACCAUGGGAGCGGGCUCCGAUUGGCUAUUUCCUCUGGAAUGGCGCGCGGCAGCGACGGACGCGCGGGAGGAUCAGGCGGACUCCCCGGACGUGGCCCAAAGGCUGCAUCUCCUGCUAACCGAGUACAAGACGGCAGCUGUCGAGCGCCGGACGGCGGAUAGCUCUGGACCGAGGGCUUUGACAGGAGGCCCGUGGGGUGACGCGUUCCGCUCCUUGCUCAAUGUGGAUUCGUGGACAUGCGAACAGUGGGAAACCUUCGCCGCACUCUGUGGAUAAUUUGCUCAGACUCCUCUAUUCAAUCAUGACCACUAUUUUCUCGUUUACGUAUAACCAGUGUCCGUUCCAUUUUCACGCACAUUCUUAGCAUUCAAUUCCCAUUUCUCCACGACUCGUACCAGACAUCCACCGAGACCCUCCGAGAAGGGCGGCCAUUUUCCAAAAAGAUGGCCAUCUCGGAGGAAUUGGACUGACCUUUUGAAGAAGACUAAAAUUUGGAAUUUUUGCUGGGAAGUGACGCGAAAAAGACAGCAGGAACACGCGUUCGGAGAUUACGUUCUCAGUUGGAUUUUCAGCACUUGGGUCUCGACGGACACUGGGGAUAAUGUCUGCGGCGGUAAACCACGCUUGUUCACUUUUUUUUUUUCCUUUUUGUUGAAAACAUUAGCAUUAAAAAA